ACCCACCAGACACAUCUUGAACGAUGCCACACAAGCGAGCAAAGGCCAGCAUCAGGAAAGCCGAAAGUCUGCGCAAAGGAUUCGACCUACCGCCCAACCAACAUGCCAACAAGAAGAAGAAGCGAAAGGAGAAGCACGAGGCCAGCCGAGUCAAAACCUACGAGAUCAGUCAGGAUAUACCCAAGAACAUGUUCAGGAUCUUGAACGCCGAAAAGAUUCGUGCCGAAUACAAGAUCAGAAAGUCUCAGGAUCCCGGCUCUCUAGCUCUUCCUAAGCCCUCCUCCUCCUCCUCCUCGACUCCAAAUCUGCAACGCUCCAACGCCCCAUCAUCAUCUUCCAAACGUCGCAAUAAAUCAUCUGCACAAAUGUCUAAAGCUCACGACGAGCUAAAAAUCCUUCCGGGCGAGGGGCUUGGAAGUUUUAAUCGUCGAGUCGAAGCCGCCUUGAGGCCCAAAGUAACCGCGGUGAUGAAAGCGGCGAAGAACAAGCUAGCGACGAAGAAGCCAGAAGCGACGGGAGAGCCAUCGACUGUCACCGCCCCAGCCGGGCCCAUGAAAGAGACCACCUCAAUUGCCGCCGAGUCGGUCGACGAAGAGUCGCCGAAAGGGACGACCAAGCCGGUCAAACACUUCGCCCCUCGGCCCUCCAGAUUCCCGAUCACUGACGUCGCCAUGGAACCCCCAUCACUCUCGUUGACUAAGGCCAUGAAGAAAAACCUCGCCUCCUCCGCCGCGAGCUCGCCCUUGCCCAUCUCCGCCGCUCAGAAAAGAUCCUUGGAACUCGAACGUGAUAAGGUCAUCAAACGGUACAGACAGAUGAAGGAGGAACGCUAUGCUCAUCAACUGUAACUCUUCUUCUUCUUUUUUUAUCUUCAACUUACUUCGUCGACUCUGUGCACAAGAAACUUGCGCAAAAAUAAUAAUUAAUUGUCUGAACUACAAAUAGUCAAUGGAAGAUUAGGUUCAUAUAUAUUUAUUGUAUUUUAGGUUUUUCUUAAAUAAAAUGAGCGAGUUGCACAUACAUAUUUGCAUCAAAGUUAAACCCA